CCCCCCCGGGCCCCCCCGGCCGGACGCGGCCCGGACACGCGGGGGGGCGGCGGGGCGGGAGCGGCCCCGCGCUAUAAACGGGAGCGGCGCGAUGGAGCCACCGCCGCCACCGACGGGACCCGCGGGACCACCAGGCGCAGCGAGUGCGUGCGAGGCUCCGAGCGGCGGGAUGCGGUGUCCCGGCGUGUCGCUGUGGGGGCUGCUGUGCCUGGGGGCGGCGGCGGGCGGGGGUCGCCCCGUGCGGCUCGAGGGGCUCCGAGCGGACGCGCGGGCCCUGACCCGGACCCUCAGCACGCGCCUGCAGCAGCUCCAGCUGUUCCCGCUGACCCUGCGCCUCAGCGGGCUGGAGGGGGUCCCGGAGGGGGUCCCGGAGGGGGGGGUCCCGCCGGGGCUGGGCUGGGCCGCCCAGCGGCUGCAGCUCUUCCAGCGGCUCCUGGGGGCCCUGCCCGGGCCCGACCCGCGCCUGGCCCAGGUGGCCAACGACCUGGAGAACCUGCGCAGCCUGCUGGCCCUGCUGGGGACCCUGCUGGGCUGCCCCCCGCCCCGCGACCCCCGCCCGCCGCCCCCCGCCCCGCUGGCCGAGGCUCCGCACACCGUGGCCGGGGUGGCCCUGGCGCGGCUCCGCCGCUGCCUGGACGGGGUCGCCGCCUGCCUCGAGGGGGUCCCCGCGUGUUAGGGACCCCCGGGACCCCCGGGCCCACAGGGACAGCCCGGGACCCCCGCGGGGUCUCGUCAGGACCCACAGACAGGACCAGGACCUCAGCGGGGACACACGAGCGGCCCCGGGCACCGGGGUGACUCCAGCUGCUGCUGGCACCUUUUUCUACAUUGCUGUUACUGUUUAUUACUAUCAUUAUUAUUAUUAUUAUUAUUAUUAUUAUUAUUAUUAUUAUUAUUAUUAUUACUGCUACUGUUACUAUUA